CUCCCUCGGCCGCCUCUCCGCCCGGAGCGAGCGCGCAGCCCCGCGCAGCAGCGCCCACUGGUCCCGUCCUGUGAGCCCCGGCCCCAGCCGCGGACAGCCCCGCGGAGUCGCCUCCCGGCCCACCCGCCCGGCCGCCGAGGAGCGGGAGGAGGACGGGACCCCGGCGCCCCCACCCCCUUAUCCGCGGGAGGAGCAAGCAACAAGACCUCACUCUACUAGUGACACAUCCUUAGCAGAGACUUGGCAUUGGCAGAGUUUCCUUGGAACAGUAUACCUCUGAGAAGGAGCUGAUGUGGAGGAGCAGCUGAGGCGGUCCAAGAUGACGACCACAGUAGCCACAGACUACGACAACAUUGAGAUCCAACAGCAGUACAGCGAUGUCAACAACCGCUGGGACGUGGACGACUGGGACAACGAGAACAGCUCCGCGCGGCUCUUUGAGCGUUCCCGCAUCAAGGCUCUGGCAGAUGAACGUGAAGCCGUGCAGAAGAAGACCUUCACCAAGUGGGUCAACUCCCACCUCGCCCGGGUGUCCUGCCGGAUCACAGACCUGUACACUGACCUUCGGGAUGGACGGAUGCUCAUCAAGCUGCUGGAGGUCCUCUCCGGAGAGAGACUGCCUAAACCCACCAAGGGACGAAUGCGCAUCCACUGUCUGGAGAACGUGGACAAGGCCCUUCAGUUCCUGAAGGAGCAGAGAGUCCAUCUUGAGAACAUGGGGUCCCACGACAUCGUGGAUGGGAACCACCGGCUGACCCUCGGCCUUAUCUGGACCAUCAUCCUGCGCUUCCAGAUCCAGGAUAUCAGCGUGGAAACUGAAGACAACAAAGAAAAGAAAUCUGCCAAGGAUGCAUUGCUGUUGUGGUGCCAGAUGAAGACAGCUGGGUACCCCAACGUCAACAUUCACAAUUUCACCACUAGCUGGAGGGACGGCAUGGCCUUCAAUGCACUGAUACACAAACACCGGCCUGACCUGAUAGAUUUUGACAAGCUAAAGAAAUCCAAUGCACACUACAAUCUGCAGAAUGCAUUUAACCUUGCAGAGCAGCACCUCGGCCUUACUAAACUGUUGGACCCCGAAGAUAUCAGUGUGGACCACCCCGAUGAGAAGUCCAUUAUCACUUAUGUGGUGACUUAUUACCACUACUUCUCAAAGAUGAAGGCCUUGGCUGUUGAAGGAAAACGAAUUGGAAAGGUGCUCGACAAUGCUAUUGAAACAGAAAAAAUGAUUGAAAAGUAUGAAUCCCUUGCCUCUGACCUUCUGGAGUGGAUUGAACAAACCAUCAUUAUUUUGAACAAUCGCAAAUUUGCCAACUCGCUGGUUGGGGUUCAACAACAGCUUCAGGCUUUCAACACCUACCGCACUGUGGAGAAACCUCCCAAAUUUACUGAGAAGGGGAACUUGGAAGUCCUGCUUUUCACUAUUCAGAGCAAGAUGAGGGCCAAUAACCAGAAGGUCUACAUGCCCCGGGAGGGGAAGCUCAUCUCUGACAUUAACAAGGCCUGGGAAAGACUGGAAAAAGCCGAACAUGAACGAGAACUGGCCCUGCGGAACGAGCUUAUAAGACAGGAGAAACUGGAACAGCUUGCCCGCAGAUUUGACCGCAAGGCAGCUAUGAGGGAGACCUGGCUGAGCGAGAACCAGCGUCUGGUGUCCCAGGACAACUUUGGAUUUGACCUUCCCGCAGUUGAGGCUGCCACGAAAAAGCACGAGGCCAUUGAGACGGACAUUGCCGCGUACGAGGAGCGCGUGCAGGCCGUGGUGGCCGUGGCCAGAGAGCUGGAAGCGGAGAACUACCACGACAUCAAGCGCAUUGCGGCGAGGAAGGACAACGUCAUCCGGCUCUGGGAGUACCUGCUGGAGCUGCUCAGGGCCCGGCGGCAGCGCCUCGAGAUGAACCUGGGGCUGCAGAAGAUAUUCCAGGAAAUGCUCUACAUUAUGGACUGGAUGGAUGAAAUGAAGGUGCUAUUAUUGUCUCAAGACUAUGGCAAACACUUGCUCGGCGUGGAAGACCUGUUACAGAAGCACGCCCUGGUUGAAGCGGACAUUGGCAUCCAGGCAGAGCGGGUGAGAGGUGUCAAUGCCUCUGCCCAGAAGUUUGCAACAGACGGGGAAGGUUACAAGCCCUGCGACCCCCAGGUGAUCCGAGACCGCGUGGCCCACAUGGAGUUCUGUUACCAAGAGCUUUGCCAGCUGGCGGCCGAGCGCCGGGCCCGCCUGGAAGAGUCCCGUCGCCUCUGGAAGUUCUUCUGGGAGAUGGCCGAGGAGGAAGGCUGGAUCCGGGAGAAGGAGAAGAUCCUGUCCUCCGACGACUAUGGCAAAGACCUCACCAGCGUCAUGCGGCUGCUCAGCAAGCACCGGGCGUUCGAGGACGAGAUGAGCGGCCGCAGCGGCCACUUCGAGCAGGCCAUCAAGGAGGGCGAAGACAUGAUCGCCGAGGAGCACUUCGGGUCGGAGAAGAUCCGGGAGCGGAUCGCCUACAUUCGCGAGCAGUGGGCCCACCUGGAGCAGCUCUCGGCCAUCCGCAAGAAGCGCCUGGAGGAGGCCUCGCUGCUGCAUCAGUUCCAGGCGGACGCCGACGACAUCGACGCCUGGAUGCUGGACAUCCUCAAGAUCGUCUCCAGCAACGACGUGGGCCACGACGAGUACUCCACCCAGUCCCUGGUCAAGAAGCACAAGGACGUGGCAGAGGAGAUCGCCAACUACCGGCCCACCAUCGACUCGCUGCACGAGCAGGCCGGCGCCCUCCCCCAGGAGCACGCUGAGUCUCCCGACGUGCAGGGCCGACUGGCGGGCAUCGAGGAGCGCUACAAGGAGGUGGCCGAGCUGACGCGGCUGCGGAAGCAGGCGCUGCAGGACACCCUGGCCCUCUACAAGAUGUUCAGCGAGGCCGGCGCCUGCGAGCUCUGGAUCGACGAGAAGGAGCAGUGGCUCGACAACAUGCAGAUCCCAGAGAAGCUGGAGGACCUGGAGGUCAUCCAGCACAGAUUCGAGAGCCUAGAGCCAGAGAUGAACAACCAGGCUUCCCGGGUGGCGGUGGUGAACCAGAUCGCUCGGCAGCUGAUGCACAGCGGCCACCCGAGUGAGAAGGAGAUCAAGGCCCAGCAGGACAAGCUCAACACGAGGUGGAGUCAGUUCAGGGAGCUGGUGGACCGGAAGAAGGACGCUCUCCUCUCCGCCCUGAGCAUCCAGAACUACCACCUCGAGUGCAACGAAACCAAGUCCUGGAUUCGGGAAAAGACCAAGGUCAUUGAAUCCACCCAGGACCUGGGCAACGACCUGGCGGGAGUCAUGGCCCUGCAGCGCAAGCUGACCGGCAUGGAGCGGGACCUGGUGGCCAUCGAGGCAAAGCUGAGCGACCUGCAGAAGGAGGCCGAGAAGCUGGAGUCCGAGCACCCCGACCAGGCCCAGGCCAUCCUGUCUCGGCUGGCCGAGAUCAGCGACGUGUGGGAGGAGAUGAAGACCACGCUGAAGAACCGCGAGGCCUCCUUGGGAGAGGCCAGCAAGCUGCAGCAGUUCCUGCGGGACCUGGAUGACUUCCAGUCCUGGCUCUCCAGGACCCAGACGGCCAUCGCCUCCGAGGACAUGCCCAACACCCUGACCGAGGCUGAGAAGCUCCUCACGCAGCACGAGAACAUCAAAAACGAGAUCGACAACUAUGAGGAGGACUAUCAAAAGAUGAGGGACAUGGGCGAGAUGGUCACCCAGGGCCAGACCGACGCCCAGUACAUGUUCUUGCGGCAGCGGCUGCAGGCCCUGGACACUGGGUGGAAUGAGCUCCACAAGAUGUGGGAGAACAGGCAGAACCUCCUCUCCCAGUCCCACGCCUACCAGCAGUUCCUGCGGGACACGAAGCAGGCCGAAGCCUUCCUUAACAACCAGGAGUAUGUUUUGGCCCAUACUGAAAUGCCCACCACCUUGGAAGGAGCUGAAGCAGCUAUUAAAAAACAAGAGGACUUCAUGACCACCAUGGACGCCAACGAGGAGAAGAUCAAUGCGGUCGUGGAGACGGGCCGGAGGCUGGUGAGCGAUGGGAACAUCAGUGCGGACCGCAUCCAGGAGAAGGUGGACUCUAUCGAUGACAGACAUAGGAAGAAUCGUGAGGCAGCCAGUGAGCUUCUGAUGAGACUGAAGGACAACAGGGAUCUUCAGAAAUUCCUGCAAGAUUGUCAGGAGCUGUCUCUCUGGAUCAAUGAAAAGAUGCUUACAGCCCAGGACAUGUCUUAUGAUGAAGCCAGAAAUCUGCACAGUAAAUGGUUAAAACAUCAAGCCUUUAUGGCAGAACUUGCAUCCAACAAAGAAUGGCUUGACAAAAUUGAGAAGGAAGGAAUGCAGCUCAUUUCAGAAAAGCCAGAGACGGAAGCCGUGGUGAAGGAGAAACUCACAGGUUUACAUAAAAUGUGGGAAGUCCUUGAGUCUACCACACAGACCAAGGCCCAGCGGCUCUUCGACGCAAACAGAGCUGAACUCUUCACCCAGAGCUGUGCAGAUCUGGACAAAUGGCUGCACGGCCUGGAGAGUCAGAUUCAAUCUGACGACUAUGGCAAAGACCUCACCAGUGUCAACAUCCUGCUGAAAAAGCAACAGAUGCUGGAGAAUCAGAUGGAGGUGCGGAAGAAGGAGAUCGAAGAGCUCCAGAGCCAGGCGCAGGCCCUUAGCCAGGAGGGGAAGAGCACGGACGAGGUGGACAGCAAGCGCCUCACUGUGCAGACCAAGUUCAUGGCACUGCUGGAGCCCCUGAAUGAGAGGAAGCAGAACCUGCUGGCCUCCAGAGAGAUCCAUCAGUUCAACAGGGACGUGGAGGACGAGAUCUUGUGGGUUGGAGAGAGGAUGCCUUUGGCAACUUCCACGGAUCACGGCCACAAUCUCCAGACCGUGCAGCUGUUAAUAAAGAAAAAUCAGACCCUGCAGAAGGAGAUCCAGGGGCACCAGCCCCGCAUCGACGACAUCUUUGAGAGGAGCCAGAACAUCGUCACGGACAGCAGCCUCAACGCCGAGGCCAUCCGGCAGAGGCUGGCCGACCUGAAGCAGCUGUGGGGCCUCCUCAUCGAGGAGACGGAGAAGCGGCACCGGCGGCUGGAGGAGGCACACAAGGCCCAGCAGUACUACUUCGACGCGGCCGAGGCCGAGGCGUGGAUGAGCGAGCAGGAGCUGUACAUGAUGUCCGAGGAGAAGGCCAAGGAUGAGCAGAGCGCCGUCUCCAUGUUGAAGAAGCACCAGAUUCUGGAACAAGCCGUGGAGGACUACGCGGAGACGGUGCAUCAGCUCUCCAAGACCAGCCGGGCCCUGGUGGCCGACAGCCAUCCUGAAAGUGAGCGCAUCAGCAUGCGGCAGUCCAAGGUGGACAAGCUGUAUGCGGGCCUCAAGGACCUGGCCGAGGAGAGGAGGGGCAAGCUGGACGAGCGGCACCGGCUGUUCCAGCUCAACCGGGAGGUCGACGACCUGGAGCAGUGGAUCGCCGAGAGGGAGGUGGUCGCAGGGUCGCACGAGCUGGGGCAGGACUACGAGCACGUCACGAUGCUACAAGAACGAUUCCGGGAGUUCGCCCGGGACACAGGGAACAUUGGGCAGGAGCGCGUGGACACGGUCAAUCACAUGGCAGACGAACUCAUCAACUCUGGACACUCGGAUGCCGCCACCAUCGCCGAGUGGAAGGAUGGGCUCAACGAAGCCUGGGCUGACCUCCUGGAGCUCAUCGACACGAGGACGCAGAUCCUCGCCGCCUCCUAUGAACUGCACAAGUUUUACCACGAUGCCAAGGAGAUCUUUGGGCGCAUCCAGGACAAGCACAAGAAACUCCCCGAGGAGCUCGGGAGAGAUCAGAACACAGUGGAGACCUUACAGAGAAUGCACACCACGUUUGAGCACGACAUCCAGGCUCUGGGAACUCAGGUGAGACAGCUGCAGGAGGAUGCAGCCCGCCUCCAGGCCGCCUAUGCAGGCGACAAGGCCGAGGACAUCCAGAAGCGGGAGAACGAGGUCCUGGAAGCCUGGAAGGCCCUGCUGGACGCCUGCGAGGGCCGCAGGGUGCGGCUGGUGGACACGGGGGACAAGUUCCGCUUCUUCAGCAUGGUGCGCGACCUCAUGCUGUGGAUGGAGGAUGUCAUCCGGCAGAUCGAAGCCCAGGAGAAGCCACGGGAUGUGUCCUCUGUUGAACUAUUAAUGAAUAAUCAUCAAGGUAUCAAAGCAGAAAUCGAUGCUCGUAAUGACAGUUUCACGACCUGCAUUGAACUUGGGAAAUCGCUGCUGGCGAGGAAGCACUACGCAUCAGAGGAGAUCAAGGAGAAGUUACUGCAGUUGACGGAAAAGAGGAAAGAAAUGAUUGACAAGUGGGAAGACCGAUGGGAAUGGUUAAGACUGAUCUUGGAGGUCCAUCAGUUCUCAAGGGACGCCAGCGUGGCCGAGGCCUGGCUGCUGGGACAGGAGCCCUACCUGUCCAGCCGAGAAAUAGGCCAGAGCGUGGACGAGGUGGAGAAGCUCAUCAAGCGCCACGAGGCUUUUGAAAAGUCUGCAGCGACCUGGGACGAGAGGUUCUCCGCCCUGGAAAGGCUGACGACAUUGGAGCUACUGGAAGUGCGCAGACAGCAAGAGGAAGAGGAGAGGAAGAGGCGGCCGCCUUCUCCUGAGCCGAGCUCGAAGGUUUCCGAGGAGACCGAGUCCCAGCAGCAGUGGGAUACUUCAAAAGGAGAGCAAGUUUCCCAGAAUGGUUUGCCGGCUGAACAGGGAUCUCCACGGAUGGCAGAAACGGUGGACACGAGCGAAAUGGUCAAUGGCGCUGCAGAACAGAGGACAAGCUCGAAAGAGUCCAGCCCCAUUCCCUCUCCCACCUCCGAGCGCAAAGCCAAGACUGCCCUCCCGGCCCAGAGUGCUGCCACCUUGCCGGCCAGGACCCAGGAGACGCCUUUGGCCCAGAUGGAAGGCUUCCUGAAUCGGAAGCACGAGUGGGAGGCCCACAAUAAGAAGGCCUCAAGCAGGUCCUGGCACAAUGUUUACUGUGUCAUAAAUAUCCAAGAAAUGGGUUUCUACAAAGAUGCAAAGACAGCUGCUUCCGGAAUUCCCUACCACAGCGAGGUCCCUGUGAGUUUGAAAGAAGCCAUCUGUGAAGUGGCCCUUGAUUACAAAAAGAAGAAACACGUGUUCAAGCUAAGACUAAAUGACGGCAAUGAGUACCUCUUCCAAGCCAAAGACGAUGAGGAAAUGAACACAUGGAUCCAGGCCAUCUCCUCUGCCAUCUCCUCCGAUAAACACGAGGUGUCUGCCAGCACCCAGAGCACGCCAGCAUCCAGCCGGGCUCAGACCUUGCCCACCAGCGUUGUCACCAUCACCAGCGAGUCCAGUCCCGGCAAACGGGAGAAGGACAAAGAGAAAGACAAAGAAAAGAGGUUCAGCCUUUUUGGCAAAAAGAAGUGAACUCCUUUCCGUCACCUCCUGCCCUUCUCUUAACCUUUUCAGUGAAAUUCCAGCAUGCAAGCUCAGAACCAACACAUUACUCUCUGUGCCUAAAUGUUCCUCAAUGUGGUUGAUUUUUUUCUUUUAAUUUAUAGAGCAUUUCUCGGGGUGGGGUGGGGUGGGGAAAAUACACCUAAACACUUUAUCUCCAAGUUACAAAAAAGCUUGAGGUGCAGAGGGAAGACCAGAUUUUUUUAAACGAAAUUAUAUAGAUUAGAUCUCAAUAUUUAAACUGUUCCUCAAUUUUGUGAGGCUGUGUUGGAAAUAACCCGCCUCUAGUGCUGUUGGUAUGCAAGGCAGCGGUGCUUAAACAGUACUUCCUGUGCUCACCACAGACAAAAUGUACCACCUUCCCAACACCAUUCUCUUCCAUUUACUUCCAGUGGUUACCUUGAGUCUUGACUCUUAGAAGUGCCCACGAUGGGUCUAACCUGGAAUAAACAGAUUGUGUAUUACGAUCUCGCUGCAGCCACAGUGCAGCUCCAUUGUUAAUUCUACAGACCAAACUGUUUGUAUCUGGCAUCACUUACUAACACACGACAUGCGGCUCUUCUGCAUCAACCUGGACGACGGUUAAGAAUGUCAGGAUCCAAGAAGGAGUAGAAAACUGAUACUGUUUUAAAUAAUCUGUAAUUUCAAUUUUUUUUUUUUUUUUUUUUGCUGAAAUACAUUAUAUUGUAUGUUUGAGAUAAUUCUAGUACAAAGUAUAAGAAAACUAGAUGUAUAAUAAACCCUUUAAAUCAUUGGUAAGUGUACAAGUGGAACUGAAGCAUUUACUGGACAAAGUCCUGUUACCCUAAUGGUUACUUGCUUGUGCGUUGCCACACUGUGUUAUAAUUUGCUUCAUUACCUUGCUAUUUGAUACAUAGUGUGCAUUUCUCUGUCACUGUAACGAUUGUAAUGACAAAUUUUCAUCUUACUGCACAAUCAAAAUGGCAUUGAUAGGAAUGAACUCCAGAGGCUGGGCCUGAGCAGGGAGGUGGUCACUCAGGCCCGGUGCUCAGUCGUUAUGACCUUUACCUCUCGACUUUUGCCCUAUCUGUUAAAUAUAUGCUAUGUCAUUAAAUGCUUUUAAAUCUA